AUGGCCCUGCGGGCCGGGCCGCCCCGGGCGCCGGACGGGGGCGGCCCCUGCGGGGAGGGGGCCCGGCCGCACUGCAGAUCUCCUUCCCGGCGCUGGACCCCCCACCCACGUCCCUGCCCAACUUUGGGGACCCCGCUCAUUGGUUUCCACGGCGCGCUGCGCCCACCCGAGACCGGAACGCGCGGUUUAAAAGGCCAGUGCGCGCGCCGCCCCCCCCCCAAGCCCCCCCCGCGCGGGCCCCGCCCGGGGGGCGCAGGGCCCGCUCGGGGGGCGCAUGCCCCGCGCUGGCGUCCGGCCCUGCCCCGGCCGCGCCUGGCCUCCCGCCCGGGCCGCGAGCUGCGCGCUGCUGGCUGCCGGCCGCCGCCGGGUUUGUGCCGCGCGCCGACUCACCGAGCCGCCAGCCGAGUCCGCGUCUACACCCCCAUCCGACCCGAUUGCCCCACCUGCCUCCCUGCUACCCCUCAAAUCCACCAGAUAUAUCCUGCCUCAGGGCCUUUGCACCGGCUGUUCCCUCUGUCCGGUGCGAUCCUCCCCCAGCUCUGGGCUCGCUUCACAUUUCUCGGACUCACCUCCUCCAGAAAGCCUUCCUCGACUGGCCCCCACCAAGAUAAUUGUAGCCUCUCCUGCAGAGCCAUCUCCCUCGUUCCCUUCACCAGCUGCCCCGACAGUAACUCAGCAGCGUUUUGCAAAACCGCGGCACGGCAUGGCCACCAGGAGGCCCACACUGAGACCACCCUCCCAUCUGACCCGGAUCUUCUUUUCCUGGGACCUGUGAGCGUGGUUAGCUCUCUGCGACUUUGUCACCUGGGUAGGUUCGAGUGUCCACCUCCAGGUGUUGCCCGCCCGCCUCCCCCGUCAUCCCUUAGCCCCACAACCACGCAUCUGUCUCAGUCCCACGAUGUCAUCACCUCCAGCUGCUACCCAGAUGGAACCAGACAUUGUGUCACCCGUGGGUCCUUCACGCUUGCCGAGAUUCCCGGAGAGCCACGUGGGGUGUUGCGUGUGUCCGUGGCAUGUUCUCGACCUUGUGCUGCUGAGCGGUGCUCCGUGGGGUGCAUGCACCACAGCGGGUUUCACCCCCCACCUGCCAAAGGACGCCUGGGGUGUCCCCAGUUUGGGGCUUUUGAUAAUAAAGCUGCUGCCGACAUCUGUGCGGGUUUGUGUGCGGACGGAAGUUUUCAUCUCUCUGAGCUGAUUACUCAGGACGCCCCCUUUACCUUUUUUUUUUAA